AUGUUCCUUUCUAUUUCAUCACGACCUCUGCUAACUUUGAAUGACCUCAGAAUCUACACUGUACAUUUUUUUCCCUCCAACUUUCUCCAUUUUGAUUAUCGACAUCCAUUUUUUUUCUUUCUGAUACCACUUCCCUUUUUUUCUUUCAUUCUUUCUCACUCUUUCAGUAAAUCUCUUCCUGUUAUUUCUUUGUCAGUCUAUUUUCUCCAGGCAAUACCAUUUUCCCCACCCAUUUUCUUUCUUAGAUUCUCUUUUGGUGAAUAUAAAUAUAGCCUUUUCCCCUCUCAGAAGUUUUCAGAAGCUCACUUUUAUUAUUCUCUCUUCCCUCUCUCUCCUUUUCUAUUUUUUUUAAAUUCUCUUCUGUCAAUUCUUUUCAGUAUCUCUUUUCAAGUCUCCUUUCUAGAUUUAACUAUUCUUUCUUCACUCUUUCUCCUUUAUGGCUUUUACUAUUCUCUUUUUCAUCUCUCUCUUUUUCUAGCUUUUUGCUUCUCUCUUCCUCUGUCUUGUUCCCUAGCUUUUUAUCUAUUCUCUCCUUUCUCAAUUUAUAAAUCUCUCUUCCCUUCUCAAUCUUAUUCUUGCUUUUUUUCCCCCUAUUUUCUUCUGCUUUUCUCUCUUUCCUCUCUAAUUGUUUGCUUUUCUCUCUUCCCUCUAUUUAAUUUUUUGCUUUUCUCUCUUCCCUCUCUCACUUUUUUGGGAUUUCUUUCUCCUUGA